GACACAUGUCCUGGUUGAUUAGGGGGAGCAGAGGCCACAGUUCUCUCCCACGGCAGUGCUGCCUUGCCAGUCCUGCACUGCUCUGUCGGUCCUGUGGCCAUGAGGACUUUUCUGCUAACUUUGGCUGUGCUACUGCUCUUGUUCCAGGUCAUUCCAGGCAGCCCUGAAAGAUGUUGGAAUCAGCGUGGUGCCUGCCGGGAAAAAUGCAUAAAGAGUGAAAUAUUUUUCGUGUUCUGCGUGAGUGGGAAAGUGUGCUGUGUGAAGCCCAAGGACAAGCCAAAUUUAUCACAGAAGUGAGCUGGUGCCGUGAAGUCCAAGGUCACGAACGCAAAGAAAAGCCUGCGUAGUCUGUUCUCAGUAGAUUUCU